CCAGCAUCAGCUGAAUAAGUUGCAGGGUGACAGGCUUCGCCCCUUCCAUUAUCCUAAAACAUAUAUGCUGUCCAGCCUGAAUUUCUCAAUAGAAAAAUGAGACUAGUUAUCCUUGAUGAUUAUGCUCUGGCUAGUGAGUGGGCUGCAAAGUACAUUUGUAAUCGUAUCAUUCAGUUUAAUCCUGGACCGGAUAAAUACUUUACAUUGGGUUUACCCACAGGAAGCACACCAUUAGGUUGUUAUAAAAAGCUGUUAGAAUACCACAAAAAUGGCGACCUGUCCUUUAAAUAUGUAAAGACCUUUAAUAUGGAUGAAUAUGUAGGGCUUCCCAGAGAUCACCCCGAAAGCUACCACUCAUACAUGUGGAAUAAUUUCUUCAAACACAUUGAUAUUGACCCUAAUAAUGCUCAUAUCCUCGAUGGGAAUGCUACAGAUCUACAGGUGGAAUGUGAUGAAUUUGAGAGAAAAAUUGAAGAAGCAGGUGGAAUUGAACUGUUUGUUGGAGGUAUUGGUCCAGAUGGCCAUAUUGCCUUUAAUGAACCUGGUUCAAGUUUGGUAUCCAGGACAAGGCUAAAGACCUUGGCUAUGGACACUAUUUUAGCAAAUGCUAAAUAUUUUGAUGGAAACCUUUCAAAAGUUCCAACAAUGGCGUUGACUGUUGGUGUUGGUACAGUAAUGGAUGCCAGAGAGGUGAUGAUCCUUAUAACUGGAGCACAUAAAGCAUUUGCAUUAUACAAGGCAAUAGAAGAAGGUGUAAAUCAUAUGUGGACGGUUUCUGCAUUUCAACAACAUCCACGUACCAUUUUUGUCUGUGAUGAAGAUGCUACUCUAGAAUUAAGAGUUAAAACUGUUAAAUAUUUUAAAGGCUUAAUGCAUGUACAUAAUAAACUUGUGGACCCACUGCACAGCAUGAAGAAAAACUGAAGUGAAAAUGCUUUGGAAAACAUAGCUCCACAUUAGCUAUGCAAUAUUACUGAAUUACAAAAUCUGUACUGGUCAAUUCAACAUUCCACAUUAUUUUUAUUUAGUUAUCUUGGUGUAUUUCCCUUCAAAGCUUUAUAUAAAUAAUGGUGUCUGUUGCUUACAACAGAUUGUUUAAACAUUGAAUUUAAAAAAAAAAUGCACUCAUUAAAUAUGAGGAAUCUAACACCAGUUACCUACCAAUUUACAGUGGACUAAUAUGUUCAAUUCUACCAGUCUAUCCAUUUACUUUGAACAAUGGUCAAUGUAUAGUAUUAUUAUUGUUUAUUAUUUCUGAAUGUGUACUACAGCAACAAUGACAUUUAAAUUACAUGGACAUAUUGCACAAUGCCUGUAAUCAGGUCUUUCUUUUCAUAUGCAGCUCUUACCAUAUUCAAUUUUUUUAAUUUGUAUUUUGAAGCAUUUAAAUGUAGAAAUAACUUCUUAUGAAUCGCAAAUGCCUUGAUUUACAAUAAACUGACUGGCCUGAU